AUGAAGUCAAUAAAGCAAUUUCUCGAAAAAGAGUUCUACUUACCUACACUUGAAGCCGGCGGAAUGGCACAUGAGGAUGUCGUCCAAGAAGAGGAGGAACAGAAACAACUGAUCGCAGAGAACAAUAGAGAAAAUGAAAAGAUUGCGAAAAUGAGAGAAGAAAGAUUAAAAGAAUUUACUGCUGACAAAGAAGCUCAGCUGAUUGCACUGAAAAUUCAAGCGGACGAGGAAAACAAACGGUUAGGCGAGGAGUUGGAUAUUGUUGUUCGGCGAGAGAUUGAGCGAUCAAAAACGUACAUUACAAAGGACAAUUUAGAUGCAUAUAUCGAAGAGGUUCUCACUCAUCAAACUGAUUAUGACUUUGCCAUUGACACAAAUGGAAAGAUUGUCUUCUCCGGUUCACUUCAUCCAUAUGCACUGACGCCAAAAGCAGUUCCUGAGACGAGUAGCAACACUGCAGAGUACAAGGAUGUAGAUCCGAAUAAGCCUGUGUACCUAAAAGCAAAAAAGUUGUAUUAA